AUGGUAGAGCCAGAGACAAGUACCCAAGUCAGUUCAGACUUCUCAGGAGUGAUCGAAGUGCGUCUCUCUACGAGUUCUGGCGAAGACUCGUUCCGCAUCACUUUGGGGCGGACUCCCGUCUUGCCCUUCAAUCUAUCUUCGUAUUUCUUCCCAUUCUUCAUCUUCAGUGGACUCACCCAUGGUGUGAAGCUUCUUAAGUGUGUCGAAGGGCAAUUCAACAAAGCAUUUAUCUUGACUAUGAGCUCCGGCGAUGUAAUUGUUGCUCGAUUACCAUAUUCAAACGCAAGUCCAGCCUUCUAUGCAAUCAUGUCGGAGAUUGCGACACGUAAUUUUUUACGGGACGUCUUAGACAUCCCUAUCCCUCGUGUCUAUGCUUGGUCAGCUGAGGCAUCUAACCCAGUCGGUGCUGAGUACAUUAUCGAGGAGAAAGCUACAGGGCAGCCAUUGGGCAAACUUUGGGAUACAUUACCUAUACCAGAACGCCUGGAAGUAGUGAACCAAAUCGUGGCUGUGGAGAAGAAACUCGCCUCAAUCCCUUUUCCAAAACAUGGAUGCAUUUAUUAUGAGUCGGAUCUAAAGUCAAGGUCUCUCAUAUAUGAGCGGCUGGAUAUACUAGAAGGCUUGGCUUCAGUAUCAUCUCUCUGUCAUAAGAGCGAACUACCGGGCUUUGUAAUCGGGCCAUCAAGCAAUCCAAGGCUUUGGGAAGGGAAAAGAGCAACCAUGAACAUUGACAGAGGUCCAUGGAAUAACGCCGCUGAUUAUGCCACAGCUAUCGGAAAGAACGAACUUGAAUGGGCAACAUCUUAUGCAGAGCCAAGAUUGAAUUAUCAUCGGCCGUUGGAACACUUUGAAACGCCAGAUGAUUAUAUUUCGCUUAUAAAGCGCUAUAUAACAAUUGCUUCAUACUUAGUGUCCACUUCAAUGGACACAGAGCAGACAAACAGGAUCUCACACCCAGACUUGCAUCUCGACAAUAUAUUUAUUGAUCCGAAGACAAACAAAAUCACUUGCAUAAUUGACUGGCAGCACGUUUCUGCUUCCCCCAGGAUUCUGCAAAAGCUUUAUCCACAGAUGCUAGAAAUCUCAGCCGCUGAGCAAUCAGAUCAAUACAAACAUGAGAAAAUGCUUCUCGACCACUAUUGUGAUGCAGUUAAAGAAGCAGGUCCAAAGCACUGGAAGGUACUUUGUGAACCACAUCUCACUAUUAGGAUCGACCCUAUUUUUUUGGUCCCUGGCUGUUGGGACCGAGAAGAUCUCUUCUCGCUACGCAAUGCAUUGAUUACGGCUGUGGCUCGUUGGGACAAUAUUAACCAUCAUAAAAAUCCAUGUCCUGUCAAUUUCACGGAUGAAGAACUACUACAACACCAAAACGAGAUGGAACUUAUUAAAGGGAUCUCAGCCGUCAUGCACCAGCUGCAGGAUGAAGAUCUUAUUCCGCUGGGAGGCAUGGUACGUCCGCAGUAUUACGAACGUGCUAAAGAACUGAACAACAUAUGUUAA